AUGGGCAAUUCAUUCGGUUGCUCCGCCUCCGGCGAACGGCUGGUUUCGGCGGCGAGAGACGGGGAUGUAAUCGAGGCCAAAAUGCUCUUGGAUUGCAAUCCCUGCCUCUCCAAAUACUCCACCUUCGGCGGCCUUAACUCCCCUCUCCAUUUCGCCGCCGCUAAAGGCCACAACGAGAUUGUUUCUUUGCUGCUGGAGAAUGGAGCUGAUGCCAAUUCCAGGAAUUACUGCGGGCAGACAGCAUUGAUGCAAGCAUGCCGAUAUGGACAUUGGGAAGUUGUACAGACCCUCUUGCUCUUCAGAUCCAAUGUCACAAGAGCAGACUAUCUUACUGGUAGGACUGCUCUUCAUUUUGCUGCUAUAAAUGGGCAUGUAAGAUGUAUAAGACUUGUCGUGGCUGACUUUGUUCCAAGUGCUCCCUAUGAAUCUCUAACUGCUCAGACAGAGUGCGACAGAGGUGAUAGUGCAAAGGUCGUGAACAAAAAUGAGCAAAGUGCUCUAUCCAAACUUGUAAAUAAGGUAGCAGAUUGUGGUAUUACUGCUCUCCAUAUGGCUGCAUUGAAUGGAUCUUUUGGUUGUGUACAACUCCUACUUGAUCUUCAAGCAAAUGUGUCUGCUGUGACGUUUCAUUACGGGACUUCUAUGGAUUUGAUAGGUGCUGGAAGUUCUCCACUGCAUUAUGCUGCUUGUGGGGGUAACUUAAAGUGCUGUCAGAUCCUCCUUGCAAGAGGUGCCAGCAAGAUGACUUUAAACUGCAAUGGGUGGCUUCCAGUUGAUGUUGCCCGAAUGUGGGGGCGCGGCUGGCUUGAACCACUUCUAGCACCCAAUUCUGACUCAUCAAUACCAGCGUUCCCCCUAUCAAGUUACCUAUCUUUGCCUCUCAUGAGCAUAAUGAACAUAGCAAGGGAAUGUGGAUUUAAGUCUGUGACAACAUCAGCGGACGAUGCAGAUACUUGUGCUGUCUGUCUGGAAAGACCAUGUUUGGUGGCGGCAGAAGGCUGUAAGCAUGAGCUUUGUGUAAGAUGCGCACUAUAUCUUUGCUCAACAAGCAACAUACCUUCGGAAACGGUGGGCCCACCUGGGUCCAUUCCGUGCCCAUUUUGUAGGCAUGGAAUCAUCUCCUUUGCCAAAUUGCCUGGCUCCCCGGCAAAGGAAAAUAGACUACAGAUGUCACUUGGCCUUUGUACCCCUUGUAUGCUUCAUCCUCGUGACCCAGAGCGUCUAUCUCCAGCUUGUGCACCAGAGAUCCGAAAGAACCGUGUGGCUUCAGUUUCUUCAGAUAUGCUCUGUGCAGUCACCUGCAGUCCGUUUCCUUCUGUCACCAUUCCUUUGUGCACCUGCAAUGAUGGUCCAUGCCCACCAUUUGAAUCCCGGGAGGUAGAAACCGAAGAUGAAUUGCCCAGACAUCCCCAAGCAACACCAACAGACCAGGAUAAGAUGGAAGGGCCGAGACUUGGAAAAACAUGUUCAAGCAUGUUUUGGAGCAGAAGAAGCUGCACCAGGGAGCAUCAGUGCAAUGCUGAAAUAAAUGCUUAACGAGUUUGAUGGCGAUGGCGUGCCUUCUCAUGUGUCCCAGUCAAAAAGGAAUUUUUUAUUUUACAUCAGCGUUGUGGGGUGCUGUAUGUUUGAUCCCUUCUGGCCGUGGAGUGUAUGAAAUUAAGCAAACCCGCAUUUGCCUCCUGUUUUUGUUCGGCUGGCUACAUGGUGGAUCUCGGUAUUGGCAUCACAGUGUAAUGUUCUCUUAUGGUAUUUCCGGCGGCUGUAAAAUUUGUAUGUUUGGAAUAUACAUUGAUUGUAAUUGAAUGUGAACAAAGAAAAGAAAAGAAAAAAUUCGUUUCACUACA